AUGCCAUCACAAGGGCUACCGCCUGAACGCUUAAGCUUUAAGGAAAGCCCUUUCUACACGAUAUUAGAGCCGCUUACCUCUACUGUGGAGUGUAAAAUCCGCGAACAGACUAGGGACAGUGUUGAGCUUAAAGUUGUUCUUACGCAGACUCUUAUUUCUCGGCUACAGGCUGAUCCUAAUGUUCGGAUAAUGGUCUAUUGUGCAGCAGACACCGGUCUCAACCAGUACACAAAGUCGGACAUUGCCUUUCCUCAUCAAGUUGAACUCAAAGCCAACCUGGAUGAGGUGAAAGCUAAUCUACGAGGAUUGAAAAAUAAACCUGGCACAACACAGCCUGCUGACGUGACCAAUUGCAUUCGCAAGAAGCCAGGUUAUGCAAAUAAUAUUGUUAUAACUUAUGCUCUGACACAAAAAGUAGUACUCUACGCCCCUCGCUCUCCUGGUUUGUUGGCUUACAAGAACAAGCUCCAACCUGGUCUUGCCCUGUUUGCUCUAAAGCGACAAGCUUUGAAUCUUUACAAAUUGACCAAUGAUGACGACUUGAUAGAGAUAAAGGAGCCCGCUAUUCCAACCGUCAAUCAAGAGACCUUCCCUAUCGAAAACUUAUCUCUGCAGCGAACUCCAGCUCAAUCGCGAGAGCCCUCAACAACAUCAUCCGCUACUCGUCCACCGAACAGCAAGCGCUCUGUAGCGCAGGUGAUUGACCUUACAGGCAGUGACGAUGAUGAAGAUGACCCGCCUGCGAGACCAGUGAAACGACCAGCAUUGAAUGUAUUCAGCCGCCCCUUGUCUCGGCAAGGCUUCCGCAAUCACUACAAUGGUGGUUCUGUAAAUGGAAAGACUGUCCCUUUUGCAAGUCAAACCAGCUCCGAAUCUCCCGGUCGAGCUGGUGGUUACGAUAAAUGA